AUGCCCGGCUUGCAAAAUAAACCCAUGGAAGAUGGUCACUCCCUUUUCGAUUACAGCGUUGGACUGAAUGAUAUUGUUCAGCUCCUGGUCAGACAAAGCCCAGCAGUGCUUCCUGCUGUUAGCAAGGAGAAGGAUUCUGAGCUCUCCGACACAGACUCUGGCUGUGGCUCAGGCCAAAGCGAAUCUGACAAAAGCUCUCACAACGGAGAAGGUGCCAUGGAGCUGGAGGGACAGCCGAGCACUGCGGCACAGCCCGACUGGACUGACCCGGGAUUUGGCCUCUAUAAGAUCAAUGACUUGGUCGAUGCUCGAGAUAUGAACAUGGGAGCGUGGUUUGAAGCCCAGGUUGUAAACGUGACCAGGAAAAAACCUACAAAUGCGUCAGCUGACAGUUGCACGAAUCCUGAUCAGCCGACAGCCAUUCCUGAAGAAGAUGUAAUAUACCACGUGAAAUACGAAGAUUAUCCAGAGAACGGAGUUGUGGAGCUGAGUUCGAACGACGUACGGGCUCGCGCACGGACUAUUUUGAAGUGGCACCAGCUAGAAGUAGGACAGGUGGUGAUGGUCAACUAUAACCCCGAUGAACCAAAAGAGAGAGGGUUUUGGUACGACGCGGAGAUCCUGCAGAAAAGGGAAACGAAAAUGACCAAGGAGAUAAAUGCCAAGAUAUUACUUGG